AUGAUGGUUGUUCCUUUCAUGAGAAGAUUGUUGAUUUCUACCAAAAUUGCCCCAUCUAUUCGUCUGUUCAGCGAACGCAGUGCUCCUUUCAGUUUAGAGCGACUGUCUGGCAAAGAUGAAGAGUCAAACAUAUAUGAGGCUCUUUGUAGGUAUCGCACUAUUUACUAUGAACUACCCGGAAAAAAAGAAUGCCCUCAGCAAAUUAUUUGUACAGCAGGCGCGGACCUAAACGAACGUAAGGAAAUGUCUGUCGAUGAAGUGCCCAGAUUUGUCGAUUCAUUGCGAUCAUCAUUUACCGAGUUGGAAACUCUCCCUCAACCUGUCAUUGCUGCGAUUGAUGGCUAUGCUCUUGGAGGUGGUCUAGAAUUGGCUCUGGCUUGCGAUAUCCGCGUUGCUUCUGCUAAUGCUAAGGUUGGUUUGAUCGAAACGAGAUUAGCGAUUAUUCCUGGAGCAGGAGGAACACAAAGGCUUAGUCGAGUAGUUGGAAUAUCUAUGGCCAAGGAGUUGAUAUUUACUGGUAGAGUGAUCAGUGGUGAGGAAGCGAACAGAAUAGGCCUCGUGAAUCAUUGCACUCAGUCGGAUGCUUUUGCUAAAGCUGUGGAUAUUGCUCGCGAAAUCCUUCCAAAGGGUCCUAUCGCUAUUCGAGUUGCUAAAACUGCCGUUCGCGUUGGUUCUGAAAUGAGCCUGGACUGUGGCUUAGUGAUGGAGCAACAGUGCUACGCUCAAGUGAGUUGUUACCUUUCUUGGUUUCACAAUUUGCAAAUGGAAGAGGAGCGCGAAAAAAGCUUGUUGUGUGACUUCGAAAUGAAAUCUAUACAAGAUGACAAGCUGAUUGCAAAGCGUGAAGAGCUUGAACGCAGUGGGAAAGAUCUUUCAGAACUUGAAGAGCAAAUAGGUGUUAUUAAUGCAACCAUAGAGGAUGGCUGGAGUAAGAAAGGAGAACAGCUAAUGGCGAAGUGUGUGGCUAUGCUUCAAAUCUCUAACGAUUCUGCGCGUGAUGUCAAUGAUGAACAUAGCUUGCAACGUAUGCUGGACCGAAAACUUCUUCUGAUUGUACAGCAGCGAUUUGAGCAGGAGGGUUACAAGAGUCCGUGGAUUUUGCCUCAAAUCAAGCAUGUUUCUGGAGAGAGCUUACGUGAUGUUUGUUUUCAUUUGGUCGUUCCCAUCUACUUUAUUAGAGGAUUUCGUUGUUGA